AUGAUCACUUCAAAUUUGGAUUUUGGGCUGUGUGGGCUAAACAAGAAUUCCGGUCUUCUAGAAAACAGGUCAGUCACGGAGUACAAGAAAUCAUCGUCGGAUGAGAUUGCUCGACCGAAGAUACAAACUGGAAGAAACAACUGUUACAGAUUUUAUGAAGCCAGGGAACGACCCGUUUGUUUAUCGCCAUGUCAAUGGAUUUGUGUUGUUCGCUUGGCUCCGACUCAUGUGGCACUGAAGGAUAAAGGUGGGAUCACCACCGUUGAUUUUAAUGUCGGCAAAUCCGAUUGCAGUGGCAUGAAAGUUACCGGCAAGGGUAAGAAGAAUGCUCAACACUUCGAGCCUAAUACAGCUUUGUGCAAAGUUUUCACCAGUGGUGACUCUUUUAUUGUGAGGUGUUGUGUUAAAGGCUUCCUUUUGGAAGCGAAUAACAGAUUAAUCAAACAGCCAGAGCUGCUUAAUUCAUCGGCACAUAGAGAAGGAUACAUAGCAAUUAUUAUGCCAAAGCCAGCAGACUGGCUCAAGUUCAAGGCUUCCUUACGGAGGCUUGAAGAAUUCAAGAAAAUGAGAUCACCUUGCUGAAUUGUCAGUUGGGAGUGGAUUUGUUAUUCGACUUUGCAGAAAACAGGAAUCAAGAGAAGUCAGGUCCCUUAUUGAAUUCAUAGAGAAGGAAUCCCUUCGUUACCAAUUUGUCUGAUGGGUUUUUCGGGGUUAAGUUCAUCACAAUGACAAGCUCUAUACCUUAAUGCUCU